AUGGACAGAGAAGAUAAAAUUCCACUUAAUGAGGACCUGGUGGUGACUGUCAGUAAGUGUGGAUCUGAAUUAACCCUUUGUCUGGAGUCCAAAUUUGGCUGCACUGCAGUGUUGCAUGGUGUUGAAGCUGCUUCUAGUUCAUCUUUCAAUGGCUGCAUGCAACCCAAAAAAGUUACUCCUGAGAAGAGGUAUUCCAUACAGCUUCCCAAAGGCCUCAAGGUUUCUGUCUGGAAGGAUGACCUCACAUCUCAUCAGGUGGAUGCUGUGGUUAAUGCAGCCAAUGAACAACUCCAACACGCUGGAGGUCUUGCAUUAGCACUUGCAAAUGCUGGGGGGCCAGAGAUUACACGAGAGAGUGAGAGAAUAAUAAAAAAUCAUGAAUGUGUAAAAACUGGAGAUGCGGUAGUCACUCGUGCUGGAAAUCUUUUCUGCAAAAGGGUCAUACAUGCUGUUGGUCCACACCUUAAGCCCAAUCCGAGUAAGAAAGACAUUGAAAAGGCCGCACCGUUUUUACAGAGGGCAGUCAUGAGUAUCCUUGAGUGCCUACAGAAAGAAAACCUUCGGUCUGUUGCCAUUCCUGCUCUGAGUUCUGGCAUUUUCAAUUUUCCAUUGGAGUAUUGUGCUGAGAUCAUUGUGAGAACCUUGAAAGAAUACCAUGACUCCAACUCAGGCCGCCAGAACCAGGCCUUUGAAAUUCAUCUGGUGAAUCAUGAUGAGCCCUCAGUGAAAGCGAUGGAGAGAGCAUGUCACAGGAUUCUUGGACCUAAUUCAUACAGUACAGCCGUGACCAUGGGAACAUCCUCUGACACCCAUUCUGUCAAAAUGAAUGCUGUCACUCUCAGCAUUAAAAAAGGAUACAUUGAAAGAGAGAAGACAUGUGUCAUUGUGAACACAACAUCUCCUCGACUGGACCUGGUGGCUGGUGCCAUUUCCAAAGCCAUUUUGGAUAAGGCUGGGAGAGAGCUUCAGACUGAGAUCAGACAAAAACAACAACAUCCUAAACAUGGAGAUGUUAUUAAAACAAAAGGAUACAAACUUGACUGCCAGUUUGUAUACCAUGUGUUGUGCCAGCACAAACUACUAGGUGAAAUGUCUGCCGAAGAGAUACUUUGGGGGAGUGUUUUGAAGUGCUUGCACAUGGCAGUGAAUGAUCACAUGACUUCAAUCUCCUUCCCUGCUAUUGGUUCUGGUGUGUUGGGCUUCACAAGCCAUGAGGUUGCCAGUAUCAUGACCUCCGCUGUGGUGGACUUUUCCAAACGAUACAGGGGCGUCCCUAUGGAUGUCUGUUUUGUUUUGUACCCCGCUGAUGAGGACAUAUUCAGGACUAGUUAUGACAUUACACCACACAUUGAGCUUGAUGCUUGUUCUGUGGAGGCUCAGAGAGAAGCCAGAAGAUGGAUAACCGAUCUGUUAUUUGGGGAACAUCAGCGCAUCACAAUAAAUAACAACCAUGUCAUGCACUUUGGCCAAAAAGAUCAUGAAGAAUUGCUGUCUCUCCAGACCAUGUUUAAUGUAAACCUGAGAGUGUUCUGUAGAGAUGGUCGGGCUGGAGUUAGCAUCACUGGGGACUCUGGAGAUGUCAGGGCUGCAGCUGUUCGUAUAGAGGCCAUGUGCUGCAGGGCUCAGGAGGAUUUUGCCUUGGCUGAAGAGAGUGACAUGCUGCACUCCCUGGUGCGCUGGCAAUGCAAAGGUCUCCCAGAGCUCCAGAAACCAAAGAUAAAUGCUGUUGUGGAAAAGGCCUAUCUUGCUGGUGCCGAAACCAAAAGGCUUUCUGUUAAUGGUUUGGCUGUACAAGUGAAUUUUAAAACGAAAACGGUUGAAGAUGAUCACGGGCGUUGUGCGCGUGUUGAACGGAACUGCUUUGAUUCCUAUGGCAAACAAAAGUUGUCUGGAGGGUCAUUUUACAAGCGGGAGACUGUUGACCUUAAGAAGUCCGUCCAUCCAAAGUGGAAAACAGAUGAAAUGUUCAGAAGGAAAGGACUUGAAAUUGUCAAGGUGGAGCGUGUUGAGAACAUGGCCCUCAGGCAGCUUUUCGAGUUGAACGGAAAGAGAGUAUCAGGCCAACCACGGCGUCUAUACCAGCGUGUGUCAGCUCAGUUCUGUGAGCUGAUCUGUAGAGUGGGAUUUCAGAGGGAGUACGCCCCACCUGAUGAGCAAAAAUGUGGAGCAGGAAUCUACUUCAGCGCUGAUCUGGACACAGCCAUGAGAUUGUGGAGGGGUCCUGAAAAUGAGGAGUACAUGUACUUCUUUGAAGCUGAAGUGCUCACUGGGAACACCACCCAUGGUUUUCCAGACGUGACUGCACCGCCACCAAUGAGGGGUGACCCACUGGUCCAUUAUGACAGCGUUACAGAUAAAACUAAAAAAAUAACUGUGAUCUUCAGUGGCCAGCAGGCUCUCCCUCUGUACCUGAUUACAUGCAAACCGCGGAGAUCUGGUUAUGUUUGA